AUGUUCGGGCUGGAGAAGCCGGCGGGGCAGCCGAAGCCGGGCAGAAGUGGUGGGUUUCCGAACAUGGCGUCCGUGGGGGAUUUUAACGUGCUCAGCUCCAGCAUCCCGGCCACCAAGGUGGAGCUCUCCGUGUCCUGCAGAAAUCUUUUGGACAGAGAUACAUUUUCUAAAUCUGAUCCGAUCUGUGUUUUGUACAUACAAGCCAUUGGAAACAAAGAAUGGAGAGAGUUUGGAAGAACAGAAGUAAUUGAUAAUACUUUAAAUCCAGAUUUUGUAAGAAAAUUUAUAAUGGACUACUUCUUUGAAGAAAGAGAGAAUCUGCGAUUUGAUUUCUACGAUGUUGACUCAAAGAGUCCUAACCUAUCAAAACAUGAUUUUUUGGGACAAAUGUUUUGUACACUGGGAGAGAUAGUUGGAUCACAGGGGAGCAGACUGGAAAAAUCAAUUGUAGGAAUUCCUGGGAAGAAAUGUGGAACAGUCAUAGUAACAGCAGAGGAACUGGGCUGUUGCCGAGAUUCAGUUUUAAUGCAAUUUUGUGCGAACAAACUAGACAAGAAGGACUUCUUUGGGAAAUCUGAUCCUUUCCUUGUAUUUCAUCGAAGCAAUGAAGAUGGCAGUUUUACAAUCUGCCACAAAACAGAAGUCGUAAAAAAUACAUUAAAUCCAGUAUGGCAGGCAUUCAAGAUUUCUGUCAGAGCACUGUGUAAUGGAGACUAUGACCGGACAAUUAAAGUAGAAGUGUAUGAUUGGGAUAGAGAUGGAAGCCAUGAUUUCAUCGGAGAAUUCACAACAAGUUACAGAGAGUUGUCAAGAGGGCAAUCUCAGUUCAACGUGUAUGAGGUAAUAAAUCCAAAGAAAAAAGGAAAAAAGAAAAAGUAUGUUAAUUCUGGAACAGUAACAUUGCUUUCCUUCCUAAUUGAAACAGAAGUUUCAUUCCUUGACUAUAUUAAAGGCGGAACCCAAAUCAAUUUCACAGUAGCUAUUGAUUUCACAGCCUCUAAUGGUAACCCUUCACAGCCUACUUCGCUGCACUACAUGAAUCCCUAUCAGCUGAAUGCUUAUGGCAUGGCACUGAAAGCAGUAGGUGAAAUAAUUCAGGACUAUGAUAGUGACAAAAUGUUCCCAGCUCUAGGUUUUGGAGCUAGACUGCCUCCAGAUGGAAGAGUGUCACAUGAAUUUGCACUGAAUGGAAACCCUCAAAAUCCAUACUGCCAUGGAAUUGAUGGUGUAAUGGAGGCAUAUUACAGGAGUCUAAAAUCUGUACAGCUUUAUGGACCAACAAACUUUGCACCUGUAAUUAAUCAUGUAGCCAGAUAUGCUGCUUCAGUAAAAGAUGGGUCCCAGUAUUUUGUUCUUCUCAUUAUUACAGAUGGAGUUAUUUCCGAUAUGGCUCAGACAAAAGAAUCCAUAGUGAAUGCUUCAAAGCUUCCAAUGUCAAUAAUUAUAGUGGGGGUAGGACCAGCAGAGUUUGAUGCUAUGGAAGAACUGGAUGGUGAUGUAGUGAGGAUUUCUUCAAGAGGAAAGUUUGCAGAAAGAGACAUUGUGCAGUUUGUGCCAUUCCGAGAUUACAUUGACAGAAGUGGAAACCAUGUGUUAAGCAUGGCAAGACUUGCUAAAGAUGUUUUAGCUGAGAUCCCAGAGCAGUUUCUGUCCUAUAUGAGAGUCAGAGGAAUAAAGCCAUCACCUGCACCACCACCCUAUACACCCCCAAUUCAUGUGUUGCAGACUCAGAUAUGACUGAUCAAAAGUUAGCAUUUAUCACAAGUCAAGAGUCUCUGGAUGCAGCAGCAGCUUUUUGGAGCUAGAAAAAUUCUCUUCACAUACCAAAAUUCUCCUAUGGUUGCAUGAGCAA